AUGGCAGAAUCAACUGCCACUGAUCCAACCGUUGAACCUGUCGUCGAGACUCCUGCCUCUGUUGACGAGCCAUCAGUUGGCUCCGUCCUUGAGCCUCCUUCUGGCUCUGUCUCUGAAUCCGCCACCCACCCCGAACAUAAAAAUCCACCUCUUGCAGAUCCCGUUCCCUCCCCGCCAAGAUCACCAUCCCUGGAGGAGGGCGAAAUACCACAAUCCCCAGCGAGUCACCAGCGCGCCCGACAUCCACCAACCCUCCAUCAGCCCACAGGUAGACGAGGCCCGGAUCGACGGGUCCGAUCUGCAAACCCGUCCCCGGAGCCACAGUUCGACGAGCUGCAAGAUCCGCAACCCACCGCGAGCUUAGAACAGAGGCGAUCCCAGUCGCCGGAGCCACAGUCCAAGCAGCCACAUCAGCCACGACCCACGGCGAGUCUAAAGCGCAAGCAAUCCCAGUCGAACCCACCGGAUCUGGGACCCACAGCGAAGAAGCAAAAGAUAAUUCGAAAAACCUGUGUUGGGCUUGGAUACAAGUUCUGUGGUUCGAUCAUCAUAUCCAACCGCAAGGACGCCGAUGAGGUCGCUCGCUACAUUCAUGACCUCCCUGUUCCCCAACAGGUUACUCGCAGGCUAGUUCUCUAUGGUGAUGCAUGUCUCCGUGACUCCUCUGCCGCUGUGGGGAUAGUUUGGAGGUCCCCAACGUCUCUACCCGAAUGGGAUGGAUUGGGCGUUGGGUAUCCUUCCAAGACUAGGAAUUCAGGCGUCGUAGAGCUCUACGCGAUUGCCUGUGCAAUGAAAUUCGCGCUCGAUUAUAUUAGCCAUACUGCAUUUGCUGUCUCCAGCGAGGAUUCCGCCCAGUCAAGCUGUUUUCCGCCGGGAACUGCGCGAACCAUGUCGCACACCCACGACAUGAAGAGGGAGUUAAUAGUGUUUACCGAUGACUGGUAUGCACUGCAGCGGUUAACUGGCACACUUGCCAAUAAGGUGGGAGGACCCCAUGACCCCCUCCUGAAGACAAUUUGUGACCUAUCCCAGCUUCUAGUGCAAAAGGACGUGCACCUGGAGCUGCAUUGGAGUCCAGGUCACGGAGACAUCCCGGGCAACGAGGCUGCCCACGAUAUGUCAAGACGAGCCGAGGUAGAGACUAAUCUGUCUCGCACUAUCAAGGAGAGAGAGGCAAUGUUACUGGCCGAGAAGCAGGGUAACAGGCCUGUGUUGGGAUGGACUGUGUCCUUUGCUGGACCCGAAGUCACCGGGGCCACUACAUCCCCCCUCAACUUCCCCAGCCACCUUUCCUUGGCCAUUCGGCCAAAAUAG